AUGGCAGUGGUGACAGGGCGGCGUGCUGUCAGCCCGUUUGCGAGGGAAGACGCCGGUCCCGGGAGACCUCAGCGAAGUCCCUGGACAGUAAGACGGGUGUACGAUGCAGUCAAGUCACAAGCAUGCACUGUUGCGUUGUCACUAACAUUAUUCAAUGUGGUGCGUCUUCCACGAGAGGCGUUCAGAUAUGGAGACAUUCAGUAUUUGGUUGUCUACUCGUUCUGGUUGCUGGCACUGGGAUUGCCAAUUUCGCUGUUGCAACUGACGAUGGGGCAGCUGAGCCGGCAAGAUCCCGUCGGGGUGUGGAGAGCAGUCCCAAUACUGAAAGGUAUCGGCCACCUUAAGAUAUUGACUUCGUACUUAUGCUGUGUCUAUGGUAUGAUCUAUGCCGCACUUGCGUUGGCCUAUUUGAUAUGGAUCGGUAAAGGCACGAUCCCAUUGAAAGACUGUGUCAAACUGCACAUCACUCCGUAUGGCUAUGAAAAUAAAAUGAACGCGUCUGAAUGUUUCAAUUCAACAUUUUUGGCGCCAUUCACGGAACAUCCACAGUAUCUCGGCGUAAUGGCUAUUUUAAUAUUCGUUUUAUGGUUCUUUGUGCCCAUUAUGUUAUACAGACAGAGGAAGUCACUAACAUUGUCACUGAUCACAUUAUGCCCUGUGGUGUUAAUCAUCGCGAUUAUUCUCAUUUCCUUUCUGUCGGAUAAAUCAAACAUGUUUUCGAUACUGGAGUACUGUGAGAACUGGAUGACUUUGUCACAACCCUACAUUUGGCACAGUGCGUUAGUCCAAGCGUUGCUGUCUACACAAAUCGUCAGUGGAUACCUAAUAAGUGCUGGUGGUACGGUCUAUUCGUUUUCGGACGUGCGAUGGGUGUCUACCUUUGUCGUCAUCACAAACGUAUUUUCAGGAUGGUUCUGGGUAUUUUUUUGGGAAUUAAUCAGCGGUAACGGAAAGAGAGACCUUGGUUUUGUAACGAUCCUGGUCUUAAUUUAUCAGUCGUCGGUUUCCGAGAAAAGGUCGAAAGAAUGGCCUAUCAUGGCGUUUACAUUAGUUCUACUAUCUGGCGUUAUCAGUUUGCUGACGUUGCUGUACCCCGUUUACGAUAAGCUGCAUCGUUUGACGGGCGACCAGUGGAGACUGUAUGCUUCAGCCUCGUCGGCUGUAGGCACUGCGCUGACUGUGGCGACCUUAGCCAGUGGAAUGGACUUGGUCGCGUUGCUGGAUGAAAUGGUCGUUCCGGUACUGGCUGUGUUCACGGCCGCCGUCGAAGUAGUGGGAUUCGUUUUCAUUUACGGCUGGUUUUACCUCACAAUAGAUAUGCAGUUUGUCACUGGAACGAGACUGCCCAGUUGUUGGAUCAUCGGCUGGUGGUUGACGCCUUUUGUUCUCAUGGGGGUAACGGGCUGGUGGCUGCGCGCUUUACUUCGAGCAAGUUGGAUGCAGUCCACGAACCUGUGGCCCCUAAUGGGGGUGUUUAUCAUGAUGCUCGUUAUAGUAGUGGUGUUUGCCGCUAUAACAGUUGCAAACGAGGAACAGUUCAACUUGUUAACGAAAAUAGCUUCAGCGUUUCGACCUUCGCGUCUCUGGGGGCCAGAAGAGCCAAUGGCUCGCUAUCUGUGGAUGUCCCAACGAUAUGCAAACGAACUCAGCUCCGAGAACGAAACUGGCUCCGAACCAAACAACUACUCACAUUUGAAGAGUAACAAAGCGAAAGCUUACGAGGAGGAUUGGCUGGCGCCCGAAUUAUACCAAAGAUCGCCACGUUUCCUCACCAAGAGAAUUGGUUUGAACGGCGACAACACUAAAGAAAUAGGUCCAAUAUACACAAUCCACAGUAUACCUAGGUUUAGUAACAACGAGAAGACAAACGAUGAAAAAUUCCGAUCGCCUAACAUUUGCAUCGCUCGAGAUCAACUGGGUGGCGAGAACAAAUGCACUUGCAAUAGACAUUUCACACUCAAUGUGCCCGAUUUGAGGAACGCCGAAGUGUCGACCAGUUUG